GAAUGGGACUAACAGGCUUUGGAGUGUUUUUCCUUUUCUUUGGAAUGAUACUCUUCUUUGACAAAGCUCUUUUGGCUAUUGGAAAUGUUUUGUUUGUGGCUGGCUUAUCUUUUGUUAUUGGUUUAGAAAGAACAUUUAGAUUCUUCUUUCAAAAACACAAAAUGAAAGCAACAGGCUUUUUCCUGGGUGGUGUGCUCAUUGUUCUCAUUGGUUGGCCUUUAAUAGGAAUGAUCCUUGAAAUUUAUGGGUUCUUCCUAUUAUUCAGGGGGUUCUUUCCUGUGGUGGUUGGCUUUAUUAGAAGAGUUCCAGUUCUUGGCUAUCUCUUGAAUUUACCUGGUAUAAGCUCGCUUGUAGAUAAAGUUGGAGAAAGCAACAACAUGGUAUAAUGACAAGAGGGCAGAAGACUGAUUCUAAACUUACCGUAUUAUUUAUAAAAUCCUUUUGAAGAAUACUCAGCACAAAGAUUAAGUUGUGUACAAAGGAAAAGCUUGUUACAUUCUUUACAUAACAGUUUAAUUUAAAAUGUAUAGUCAACAAUAUACAUUAGAAAAGAAGCUCAGCAAGUAUGCUUCUAGGAAAGUAACUCCAGAGUUCAGGAAGCAAACUGAAGAGGUGAAAGUCAUGGAAUAACCCAUGUUACAACUGUUCAAGACUCUUUCUGUUGGUUUUGAAAAACAUGCUAGAGGCAGUGAACCCUUGUGGAAUUAACGGUGCCUGUACUUUGCCUUCUUAUUUUGAAGGUGCAGUAGAGCAAACAGGUGUACAUUUUUAUGGGUGAUCCAAACUUAUCCAACCCUCUGCUUGCUAUCCUCAGCAAAAAAAAAAAAAAAAACCAAACGGAAAACUUCUUGUGUGACAAGAGAUGCGUCUUUGCAUGAAGGUUCAGAUGACUGUUCAUCUUUAAAUGUAUUAUGACAAAAAAAAAAAAAAGGAAGCCCUACAUGGUUCGGUUAUAAACAUUUCUGUAAAUAUAUGGCUGAGAUAAAACAUUGUUAUCUUAAUGUUUCAAAGCCAAAUGUAAGUUGAUUGUAUUUGCCUUCCAUUUUGGGAUAUGCAAAAGGUCA